AUGUCACCCCUCUCCCGUCUCCGCCAUGUCCUUCCGACCUCUUGUUCCACGCUGUCCUCACUGCACCGUACCCCAUGCUAUGCAAUAACAAGACAAGCGAGCACCAAAGUUGCGGCAACAUUCAGCGACCAGUCCAAGCCGACAAACUCAAUCUAUGUCUCCCUCUCCAAUGACCCUUACUUCAACCUCUCCUUCGAGGACUGGCUUUUCCGGCAUGCGCCCCACACGCGCCCGCUCUUGCUACUCUACCGCGACACCCCCUGCGUCAUCAUCGGCCGGAACCAAAACCCAUGGACAGAGGUCAACUUCCCCGCCUUGCAAGCCACCGGCAUACCCUUCAUCCGCAGACGCAGCGGCGGUGGAACCGAUUUAGGAAACACCAACUUCUCCAUCCACGUCCCCCGGACGACGUUCGACCGCACCAUGACCGCACAGAUCGUCCUGCGCGCCGUGCGCGCGCUCGGGAUACCCAGCGCGGACGUGAACACGCGCAACGACAUCACCGUCGCGGGCGAGAAGGUCUCCGGCUCUGCGUACAAGAUCGCGAACAACCGCGCGUACCAUCACGGCACGAUGCUUAUCUCGACGAGGCUCGAUACGCUUGGGGCGCUGUUGCGUCCCGACAAGGUUUGUGAAGGCAUACAGACGAAAGGUGUCGCGUCCGUGCGGUCGCCCGUGUGCAAUCUCGCGAAGGUAAACGCUGAGACGACACACGACGCGUUUGUUCAGGCCGUGGUGGACGAAUUCAGAAGAGAGUAUGGCAUGGACGAAGACGUUCAGUACGUGGACGACGGAGCCAAGACGCAGCUCGAUUAUGUGCGUAAAGGAAUGGAGGAGCUUCCCAGCUGGGACUGGGCUUACGGCCAGACUCCAGAAUUCACCCACGACCUAGCACAUUCGUUCUCCUGGGGUGCCGUUUCCGCAACAAUAAGUUCGAAACACGGCCGUAUCAUCUCGUGCGCUUUUACACCUGCCCGUGGUGGUGAUGCCGACCUAUCUCGGGAACUCAGCGCGCUGAGCGAGCGUUUAGUGGGCGCCAAGUACGGAUUCUUGCAGAAGGAACUAGAGACAGAUAAGCAGGAGGACGUACGCGCUCGAGAGGUAGCAAGCUGGCUAAAGGAGAAGCUUAACCUUUAG